AGAAAGCACCUGAGAAAGCUUCCCAAAGGAAAACUCAAAAGAUCUCCAAAAACAUAGAGACUCCUAUCCAAUUCAUAGUACACCUUUUCCACAAGGGUGUGUUACAGAGUUCUUCUAUAGUCAAGGUUGAAGAGGGUGAUACUGUGAUUGAUCAACUCUGUCAAGCUGUUGUUAAGAGUGAUGCUUUCAAAAACAAGCUCAGUGGCAUAGACUCAUCUGAUCUGAAAGUCUACAAGACUCAACAAGAUACAAGUGAUCCAGAGAAUGCUUUGAAUGAGGUGUUCUAUCUCAAACUAGCUUUUGUUGUUGCUAGAAGUCAGCCAGUGCUCCUGCCUCCUACAAUAAAACCACAAACAGUUAUAUUCCCUGUGGAUACCAUUUCUGAUUUUAGGCAGUUGAGAGUUAAUGGCUAUUUCUAUGUUGACAAUUUCCUUGAUCCACUUGAUGCAUCCUCAUUUCAACAUCUUGAAGCAAAGCAAAGUGUUCUGAAAGCUAUCUUUGGUGUGAUCAAAAAUUGUUGUGGUAGAGGAAUUGGGCGUGUUUUUAUAACUGGUGUGUUGCCAGUUACUGCAAAUGGCUUAUCUAAUGGAUUCAACAUCUAUCAUGAUAUCACACUUCAAGAAAAAUAUGAACAUAUGUGUGGAUUUGAAGAGGGGGAUGUGCGACGCGGUCUCGAACUUAUCUUCAAAGAGGAUAUGCCCUCCACAGAGUGUAUAAACCAGAUUGAACAUCAUGUUGAUGAAAUGCGCAAGAAUUAUGAUGGCUACAAAUUUGCAAUUGAUGGGGAUGACUACUUAUCCCGUCUACAUUCUGGUAGCGACCCCCAAUAUACAACUAAUAAUGAGUUGGGUGGAACAACUCUGAAAUUCAUUAAGCGACAUCCUAUGGCCUCUGACUUGCUCAGUGAAUUGAUGAGAGAGAAAAAGACAUCAUAUGAAGAGAUUAACCUCCGACGAAAAGAUCUUUAUGUCAGUAAUAGUAGUGAAUUUUUGAAAUCAUUUCUAUUUUAUUGUGGUGGAUUGACAUUUGCGGGUACACCCAACACUCUCUGUACACCAAAUCGUGCUAUAGCUGAUGUAAUCAUCCAGCGUGUCCUUCAACUCUAUAAUAUCAAUACACAAGAAGGAACAUUCAGGGCGGCUGUUAGAGAGCUUAUUGAUUGUGCCAGACCUGCUCCUGGCAGAAAGCCAAAGCGCUUCAUUCUCGAGUUCAAAUGUAAAGGUGUCACCUAUUUGGAUGUGGAUAAUAAUAAUGUUCAUUCAGCUACCAGGAGUACUUCAGCCAGCAAUCCUCCAGCUGGGAACUCUUUGACAGGCAGACCUUUGAUUGCACAACCUUCAGUUACUGAGUAUUGCUGGGCCGAAAUGGAGAGAAGGGCACAAAAAAUCGAAAUUAUGUCAAAAACGAGUUACUCGAGUUACAGUGUAACAACCGAGACCGCUUUGAUGGGGGCAAGUCCAUCUAUGAUGUUUUUCAAAGUGCUGCAGAACAGGUGA